GGUGAAAUGGGAGUAGGCGUGGCUAUGAGAUUACAAGAUUUAACAGAAGAGCAGAAAAAGGCCUACAACCAGGGAUGGCAUAGAAAUGCCUUUAAUCAAUAUGUCAGUGAUAUGAUUUCUUUAAAUAGAAAUUUACCCGAUUAUAGAUUUCCAGAGUGUAAAAAUGUGACGUUUCGAUCUGAUUUGCCCGAUGUAAGUAUAAUCAUUCCAUUUCGAGAUGAAGCCUGGUCUACGCUACUGCGUACAAUACACAGUGUUUUAAAUAGAACACCACCAAAGCUACUGAAAGAAAUCAUACUGUCUGAUGAUGCUUCAACUUUUGUUCAUUUACAAAAGGAUUUAGAAGAAUACCUUGUACAUUAUCCCAAAGUCAAAUUGGUCAGACUAAAGACUCGAGGUGGACUAAUUCGAACCAGACUAAGAGGAUAUGACGUAUCAAGUGGUAGUGCUGUAAUAUUUCUGGAUUCUCAUUGUGAAGUUACCAAAGGAUGGAUUGAACCUCUGUUGGAUGCCAUAGCAUCAGAUUAUAGAACGGUAGUGACGUCAGUAAUGGAUGUAAUAGAGGGAGACGACUUCCGAUAUAGAACAUACGACAUAGAGAAAUCAGCACCUAUUGGUAUAUUUGAUUGGAGAUUAAUAUUUAAAUGGGAUAGAAAAUCGUAUGAUAAACCACGAUAUUUACCAGUUGGAUCACCAACUCUUAUUGGCUGUUUAAUCGGAGUAAGCCGCAGGUUUUUUGAAGAAACAGAAAAAUUUGACGAGGGUUUCUUCAUUUGGGGCGGUGAAAAUUUAGAGAUAUCUUUUAAGGCAUGGAUGUGUGGAGGUAGUUUGGUAGUUUCACCCUGUUCACACGUUGGUCAUGUUUAUAAGAGUAGGUUGCCUUAUGACUGGGGUAACACAACUCAGUCUAAAACAUUGGAAAGAAACCUUCAUCGUCUGGCUGAAACCUGGUUAGAUGAUUACGUUAUUUAUCACAAACAAGUAUGCGGACCCUGUAAGGAAGAUAUAGGUGAUAUAUCGAGUAAACUGGCUUUAAAGAAGAAACUAAAUUGUAGGAAUUUUGAGUGGUAUAUAAAAAAUAUCAUACCAAAUAUGUUUAUACCUGGU